AUGAAGCUGUUACAAGAGCUGGCAGUCAGGCUUCUGUCUAUUUGCCUCUUCCUGGCAAUCGUCAGUGCCAGAAAAUUCCUGGACCCGGUCGUAAAGUUCAGCGAAAAGCCAAGCCUUGCUGCGACCAAUCCAUGGUAUGUGAAGUGGUUCGACGUGAAACUUGAUCACUUCACUUAUUCUGACACUACCACAUUCCGAAUGAAGUGGCUAUGGAAUAACACUUUCUACAAAAGCGGUGGGCCAAUUUUCUUCUACACUGGAAAUGAAGGCGACAUCGAAGGCUUCACAACGGCAACAGGAAUGAUGUGGGAUCUAGCACCCAGGUACAAUGCAGCCAUCAUCUUUGCUGAACAUCGAUUCUACGGCGAAAGUCAGCCUUUCGGCAACCAGUCGUAUGCGUCCAUCAAGAACAUGGGCUACUUGACAUCGGAACAAGCGCUUGCUGACUAUGCUGCCCUUAUCUAUGAACUGAAGACUCCAAACAACUCGUUGGGAGUUUAUUACCCUAAAGAGACACCGAUCAUAGCCUUUGGUGGAUCCUAUGGAGGAAUGUUGUCGGCAUGGUUCCGGAUGAAAUAUCCCCAUUUGAUCACAGGGGCUUGGGCAGCAUCCGCUCCUCUACUUUACUUCAAAGGUGGUGGUAUUGAUCAAGGGGCUUUCGACUCGAUUACCACUAGAACGUACCUGGAUGCUGGCUGUAAUCGGUUCAUUGUCGCCAACAGUUGGAACGCCAUUUUGAACCUUUCCUCUACAGAUGAUGGUCGCAAUUUCCUGAACACGCAAUUCAAGAUUGAUCCAAAGUCUUACAUCCUGACAAAGAGUGAUGGAUGGAAUCUCAAUUACUAUUUCCGGGAAGCGAUCGAGUACAUGGCUAUGGUUGACUACCCGUACUCUACAGGAUUCCUGGAACCGCUCCCCGGAUGGCCAGUUCGAGCCUAUCACAUGAGUUUUAGUUUCAACUGGACACCAGCAGUAUGGAACAUCGACGCAGUGCCUACUCUAUAUGGUCUGAGUGUGGCCCAUGCUUCAAACAUCAUUCUCACGCAAGGUCAUCUUGAUCCAUGGUCAGGAGGUGGUUUCAAGGCAUCUUCAGACGGUAACGAGCAGGAUCGUGGAAUUUACAUAAUGGAAAUACCUGGUGCAGCUCAUCAUCUCGAUCUUCGUACUCCAAAUACCUGUGACCCGAACUCAGUGAAUAAUGCUCGAUUCCAGAUCGUUGGAAUAUUGGACUGUUGGAUUAAUGGAUGUCCUAGUCCACCAAGGCUCACUCCCCUACCAGCGUUUGCAGACUCCAACAGUGAGAACUGCACGGACGUCAACCAUGGUUAUCCAUGGGGUCAAGCCGUAAGCAGCAGCUUGACCUCAACUACUGGAUUUGCUAUGCUCGUGCUUCUGUUGCGAAUCCAUAAGAACCUGGUCUAUUUGACAUCGGAACAGACACUCGCCGACUAUGCUGCCCUUAUCUAUGAAUUGAAGGUGAAGUUUGAACGAGAGCUCCUAGAACCUUUACCCCUAACUUGUAUCUUCUUACAGACUCCAAACAACUCGUUGGGAGUUCAUUACCCCAAGGAGACACCGGUAAUAGCCUUUGGUGGUUCCUACGGAGGAAUGUUGGCGGCAUGGUUCCGAAUGAAAUAUCCCCAUUUGAUCACAGGGGCUUGGGCAGCUGGUGCUCCUUUAAUUAAUUUCAAAGGAGGUGGUGUUGAUCAAGGGGCUUUCGACUCGAUUACCACUAGAACGUACAUGGAUGCUGGCUGCAAUCGGUUCAUUGUCGCCAACAGUUGGAACGCCAUUUUGAACCUUUCCUCUACGGGUGAGUGGGAAACCGUCUUAGUUUUUUUAAUAAAUUUCUGUAAAGCACCUAGCAAUAAAAUUCAUUCAUUGAAAUCUUCUUAUUUUGCCUUAUACACUCAUGUCACACUUUCGUGGAAAGGUAGUAGGCAGAGCGAAAACACAGCUGUACUGUAG